CAGAGAGGUCCUGUCACAGCAAAGCGAUAACACUAGUCUGAACAAAAAAUAACAGAUAACGAGCUGCUCCGCUUUGGUUUGCUGUGGCCAGCAAAUCCGGGCUCUGGGCGGCUGAAUAACAUACUAUAACAUCGGAAUAUUGCAACACAAGAGCCACACUCACUCACUAAUCAGUCGGUGUUAGCCUAGUUUAAUGUGUUGCCGUGAAGCCUGAACUAUCUCUCUUUCCCUCUCAGACCAAAGAAAAAAGAGACAGCCAAGACACAGUCACCCCGUCCGACAUCAUCAACAAACAAAAACCCCUCAAAGAGACGAACCAGCCAGCCAAGCCAGCCAGCCAGCCAGCCAGCCACCAUCUUAACAGGCUGCUGAAAGAGACACACACAGAGAGAAAAGAGGCUAAUGCUUAUUUUGAUCAACAGGUUGUUAAGGUAAUGGUGGACUCUGACAGCCGUAACUGAGAGCCUCAACCAGAACUGAAAAAAUAAAAAAGACAGGACAGGAAGAAGGGCAGCCUGCACGAUACGUCUUACAAGGAUCUACAACACACUUGAUCAAACUCAAAACUGUAUUGCCCAGCUGUUAAGCAUAAGAAGAGCAACAGCCCUGGACCAAAGGUAGCUGAUGCUACGAGGAGUUUUAAGACCUUCUUAAACAAAAGUCAAAGAAGCUGAAAAGUUGAGCGUGGAGUUACGUGGACCCUAAUAAAGAAAUGGAGGGAUAGUAGUUUUGGACCUGGCACCUGGUUUCUGCUUCCCAUCCAAGUGUGGAGUACAGAGGGCCAGUAGCCGAACUGCGCUGCUGGAAGGACCGUUGCGGCGUGGGGUCGAAUUGAGCCGCUUAAACAGAACCGAUGCCAAGGCCAGGAGUCAGCCAUGAUGUUUUUAUAACCUGAUGAUCAGCAGAGAGAUGGUGAGGAAGAAGAAUCCCCCUAUCCGGAGUGUGGGAGGUGAGGAGGAGGAAGAAGAGGAGGGGAGGAGGCCAGCAGGAGAAGAAGAGGAGGAGGGAGAGGAAGAGGGGAGAGAAGGAGCAGAGGCCGAACGAAUAAACCGACCCUCUGAACCAGAGUCCUCCGGCCGGGUCAGAGGAGAUCAGGACCAGGAGGACGAGGAGGGAGAAAGCGAGUGUGUUUCCUCAUCUGUCUCUCCCUCAUCAGUUGGUGAUCGCUACACUCUUGAGGAGAGAGGGGGGAGGAGAGGAGGAGGGGGGAGGGCCAAAAUAGGAGGAACGGGGUUGAUUGACAGACCCGAGAGCCAGUCGGAGCCUGAGGAUGGGGAGAAGGGGGUAGAGGAAGGAGAGAGGAGCGAUAGAGACAGGGGGGAGGCAGAUCAUCACACUCCUCCUCUCCUCUGUGCUCCCCACCUCCUCCCCAGACAGGAAGGGGGGGAGGAGUCGACAACUGACACCCCUCCACUCUCCUCCAGCCCCUCUCCUAAACUCCAGGACUUCAAGUGCAACGUGUGUGGUUACGGUUACUAUGGUAAUGACCCCACUGACCUGGUGAAGCACUUUAGGAAGUAUCACCUGGGUCUGCACAACCGCACACGGCAGGAUGCUGCCCUCGACACACACAUCCUGGCCCUUCACAACAUGGCCCCCCAGCACACACCUCUAGACAUACAGACAGGACAAGGGCAGAGGAACCAAGCCAAAGAAUUGGGGAAGACAAGGCCAGAUAUACACAAUCAACAGCAUAGGGCAGUUAUGAUGAAUGGCACAUAUGAUGUACAGGUGACGUUGGGCGGCACGUUAAUUGGUAUUGGCCGGAAGACCUCUGAUUGCCAGGGGAACACUAAGUACUUCCGCUGCAAAUUCUGCAACUUCACGUACAUGGGCAGUAAUUCCUUAGAACUUGAACAACACUUCCUGUCCUCACAUCCAAAUAAAGUCAAAACUCCGCCAACCACACCCCUGCUGGCCACCAACAACCUGGCAACGCACGACAACCAGGCGAAGGGGAGGAGUCAGAUCUUAGAUGGGGCUGAGCGAGUGGCAGUGAGAGCGGAAGAUGAUUCCUUGGUCGGGUACUCCAUCCCAGUUAGGGCGUGUUCAGAUUCUUCAAGCUGGACAGGGGAGCCGGGUCGAGGUGCUGUGCAGGCAUAUUAUUGGUGUAAAUUCUGUAGCUGGAGUUGCGAAUGGUCAGGGGGCUCAGCGAAGCUUUUAGAGCACUAUGAACAAAGACAUAGAAUUAACAUUGGAAGUACUGCGAGCCCCAACAACUCUAAUCCUGGGGUGCAGGACAGGGAGAGGGAGAGAGGAGGGAGAAGAGAAGGAGGAGAAAGAGACCAUAUGGCAUCCAAAAGCCGCAAAGAUCUAUUAUCCAACCCAUCCAGCACCAGCCAAGGAGACCCAAACAGCAGUGAUCCAGAAGCAGUCGUGACCAGUUAUAACUGUCAGUUGUGUGAUUUCCGGUACUCAAUGGCCCAUAGUGCAGAUGUGAUCGUUGUAGCACCUUUACUACUGCACUAUCAGCACAACCACUCCAUCCACCGAUGCUGCAUUCAGCACUGCAUGUAUUGUCCACAGGGGCUCUGUCAGCCGCAUAAACACUUGGGGGAGGUUUCCCACCCCUUUGCUUGUCGGAAGCCCACUUGCCCUAAAUGCUGUUCCAAGUUUCCUCAGUCCACCAAACAGCAGGACACAGUCAGUUCAAAACCUGCCACCACCACCUCACCCAGCAUGACCCCUCCUAAUCCUAGAGGUGACCCAGGUGUGAUUUCUGGUUCCACCUUUCACCCCUCUAACCCUGCCCAUCCUGUUGUCACACAAGGCGUCACCCACUUGUGUGACCAGUGUGCGUUUGCCACCACUGACAUCGAUGUGUUGCUACAACACUACGAAAGCUGCCACACCCUGAUCAACUUAAAGGGUGCUCCCCCACAUGUCAAGGCUGAGGAGGAGGUUGGGGUCGAUAAGGAAGGUGGGAGAGGAGCAGGAGGAGAGAGGGAGUACUCUUGUACAAAGUGUCACUUUAUCACUGAAGUGGAAGAAGAGAUUUUUAGACACUACAGGCGUGUCCACGCGUGUUGCCGUUGUCGACGCUGUGACUUCACGGCUCCUGAUUCAUCAGCCCUCCUCGACCAUUUUAACUCUGUCCACUGUCAUGACUCCUCUCCCUCAUUAAGCUCAUUGACAACGACCUCCUUACCCACCUCACUGACAAACUCACUGACACCUUCAUUAACACUCUCAGCCAAUGGCUGCUCAGCUCCCUCUACCUUAGCCAUUAAAGAAGAAAGCAAGGGGGAUCUUCGCCUCCUCUACUCCCUUGCACCGCCUGAGGGGCGGUUGGCAGAAGGAGGCAGAGAAGAGGCAGGAGGGGUGGUAAAAAGUGAGGGAGGUGAGGAGAAAGAAAGAGAGCGGGAGAAAGGCUGGGUUCUUGGGGAGACGAGAGGAAUAGGGGAAAGAGGAGGUGAACAGGCCCACGGUUUACUCUGGGUGCCCAAGGAGCGAAUGGGACCCGAAAGAGGAGGAGGAGGUGGGAGCCCCUCUCUUUUCCCGUCCCCUCUCCCAUUGUCUUUUGUUUCAGCCAAUCAUGAGGCCUCGCAGCAAAAGAGAGGCGUGGCCUCACCUAGCAUGGUUUACCUGGGAGACACCAAGUCAUUUUUGGGAGAUACCAAAUCAUUUUUGGGAGACGCCAAGCUGUACGGAGGAGGAAGGCCAGGAGGAACCGUUGCAGGUGGAGGUGGAGGGGAGAAGCAGAGCCAGAUGCCCCCUCAGCAGUACACAGGAGGAGGAGGAGGGAGCGGAGGGAGUGGAGGUGCUGGAGGACAGGAGGGGAAAGGAGGAGGUGCUAAAGAGGAGUCCCAAUCCCUGCUACGGCGGCGCAGAGGUAGUGGGGUCUUCUGUGCAAACUGUCUGACCACCAAGACAUCAUUGUGGAGGAAGAAUGCUAAUGGAGGCUACGUCUGCAACGCAUGUGGUUUAUACCAAAAACUACAUUCGACACCCAGACCUCUAAACAUCAUAAAGCAGAACAACGGUGAACAAAUUAUCCGACGCCGAACCCGAAAACGCCUCAACCCUGAUUCGCUGUCGUCUGAAAACCCCGCCCCCAAGCAACAACGAAUCACCAGCGAGGAGCGCAUGAAUGGAGAGGAGUCAGAUCGAAGCUGCGCAUCAGUCAAAAACCAGCAGCCUUCCCCUCGCUCGCGCUCACCCCGAUCCACUCAAGCCUUCUUAGCCAAUCAAACAUUGGAGAUCCACAGACGCAUGCCUCCUCUUCUCCUCCCUUCACAUCCCCCCUCCUCACUGGUAGCUGAGGGCAAUGGGGGCCUCGCAGAGGGAGGCAUAACAUCAAAGGUAGAGGGAGGUAAAGGAGGAGGGGGAUCAGAAAGAGGCAGUCCAAUUGAAAAAUACAUGCGUCCAUCCAAACCGUCUAGUUAUUCGCCUCCCGGCUCACCCAUUGAAAAAUAUCAGUAUCCCCUUUUCUCUUUACCCCUACCAUUAACCCUCUCACCUGAUUUGACCCCUGAGUCAGAUUGGCUCAGAUUCUGGACCAAGUACAAGAUGGCAGCCACCUCUGGGGUCCCUGGUAGCAUCAGUAAUCUAAGCAGCCCUGGUAGCCUUGGAAAUAAUGCUCAUUAUCUUGGUGCAAUGGUGACUCCAGUACAGCAUCAUCAACAAAGCUACACGGUGCCUUACUGCGCCUCCCCCUACUCUCCGCUUCCACCUCCUCCAGCUCCUCCUCACUAUCCUCCUCCUCCUCUUCACCCACAAACCUCCUCCUCAUCAUCAUCAUUAGAAAAUGAUGUUCCUUUGGAUCUUGCAAUAAGACAAAGAGAUACAAGUGUUGCGAAUCCACACACGUCAACAAAUGGUGCAGAGAGGAGAAGGCAGGAGUCGCCACUAGCUGAGAGGUUGAGAGAGAACUGGAAAGGAGAGAAAGAGGAGGAGGAGAGGACUGAUGAAGGAAGGAACCAUAGGGAGGAGAUAGGAAAGGUAGAAAGGGAUCCCUUGGCAACAAGUCGGUCAAGUGUUUCAUCAAAUCGCGCAAUGGUGGAAGUGGCCACACAGGAUGACCUGACCAAUCGCUGCAUCCACUGUGGGAUCUACUUCCUAGAUGAGGUCAUGUAUGCCCUGCACAUGAGUUGCCACGGCGAUCAGGGACCAUACCAAUGCAGUUUUUGCCUCCAUGUGUGUGUGGAUCGCUAUGAUUUCACCACACACAUACAGAGGGGCUUACACAGGUACACAGACAAAAUGUCACAACAGAAGGGUUACAUGCAAGACGGAAAAAUUCAGAACGUCACAGUGAUGUCAGACCAAGAGUCUCGAAGCGUGACUCCAGAGGAAAGAAAAGAUGGCGGCGAUCAUAAUGAGAUCGCAUGUGAAAGUGAUGAUGUCAUAGGAGUGUGUCACAGUGAUCAAGCAGAGGAAAUUACAAUAAUGAAAAUAAAUGAUAAUGAAACAGGAGCUGAAAAGGACAUACGAGUAGAGAGUCAUGACAUAACAAACCAGGAAUUAGGAGGCAAAAUGGUGUCAGACAGUAGCGUUGACGUCACAAAAGCCAUCGAGGUCACGACUGUUGCCGAGUCUAAAAACUUAGAUGAAAAUGCAGAGAGUGAUUAAUCUGAUGCCUUUGCCUCAAAACAAAACUAUAAGAACGCAUUUCAUUGGAUGAAUAAGCUGUAUGCCUUCAUGUUCCUGGAGGCUAGCUCAUGUCAAAAUGGGCCUAUCCUGGGCACUAAAUGGAAUACAUCCUUAUGCUGGAAGCACUCAGCUGUCAAAUGGUCAAAAAUCAUUGUAGGAUCCCACUGAACUGCUGCAGGGACACUUUGGAGAAAUAGCCUGAAUCCCGGGUUGAGUGACGGUCACUUGACAGCUCUGUGGCAAGUAUUCAACAGCGGAGUCCGGGCAUGCAGCUGAAAUCAUCUUUCAACAGCCACCUAUGUGCUUUCCAUAUAAGAGGAUUGGAGGCUCGACUGAAAGUUGGACUGGUCUCAUUUAGGAAGAGUUUGAGGAGCUCAGCACUUGCACAGCCACCAUACAGCAGAGCAAAAAAUAAAAAAAAAAUGCUAGAAGCAAAACACUUAAACUGAACUGAACUGAUCUGAUCUGUUAUGCACCAUGCUAAACUGAACCCCGAGCUGGCCCAAACUAGUCUGAUGCAUCAUUCAAACUGCUUUAACCUGGUACAGCCAGAUCUGAUCUGGUUAGAACUACUUUGUUCUGGUCCAGAGCAUGUUUUAACUGUUUUUCCGCUGUGUAAAUGGAUCCAAAACCAAAACUUAUUUUGAAAUUGGGAGAGUUCAGAGUUAAACCAGUUUGUUCUGGGCUGCAGUUCAGCUGGUGUUACAUAGGUACAAAAGGAUCAGUUGGUUUCUUUCACUCAUGCCCUGUUGUUACUGAAACUGACUGUGUUCUUGAAUUAAUGCAAAAUCACCACCGCUGCAAAGUUGCAUGGGUUGGUAGACUGGUUUGGUUUGAAUUCACCAUGACUUUUUGAACUGCUUACCGCCAGUUGCAACUGGUAAAACCGGUGUAAUACCGGACCGAAGUGUUCUCUUCAUCCAUUUGGAUCGAAGAAAGUGACAUUAUUUUCUACCUUCCUCCGUGCCAUGAUACUAGCUACGUGCCUGGCUGCCUGCCUAAUAGAACAACCAUCUAUUAACCUGCUUAACAUUUAUAUUAAUAAUAAUAAUGGUAAUAAUAAUAAUGAUGAUGUUAUAGUUCAAAACAUGCAAUUUGCUACACUUUCCUAUAUAAUAUGUUAUUUUGUAAAGGCAAAUAAUGCUUUUUUUGCAGGAAAUGGUACUAUAAAAAUUAGUCUAUGCGAUUUAUUUUUUUUGUUGUUGUUUAUGUUCUUAAGGAGACUUGUUACAUUGAUAACAGCCGUCUAACAGAAAUGGUACAGGAAAAGAGGGGGUUGUGUGUAUGUGUGCAUUUGUGUAAUUGCGUUUAUGUGUGUGAGGAUCAAAGGAUGUGUCCGUCCCCAAAUGAUGAUGUAAACAUAAUGAAGGCUUGCGCUUGGUUUUUCAGUCCUCAGGGGUCACACGUGUUGCACACCAACCCACCUGUCUCAUAGCAUGUGACACAUCAUUUUUACAUGUUGAAUGGUCUAAUGGUUUUAGCAUGUUCUCAUACAUUCUCUUAUAUAUGUUCUUAUCAUGUUCUUUGUGUUAAUAGAUCAAUAUGGUCUUAGUAUGUAACUUUUUUUUUUCUGUAUGUCUUUUACAUGUUGUUAGGUAACAUGGUUUUAUAGAGAGACGUAGGAACUUAGGGAGAAAAACCCUAAAUUUUAUCAAAAGGAUCAAUUAUUUGGGUUAACUGUAUAAACUUUUGCUCUGUAUUGAGUCUACAGAGCCUCUUGCCUCCAGUGUUUUAUUCAGCCGAUAUCAUAUUGCUGAGAGUUUGGUAGGUUACCUCUAUGUAGCAUGUUAGCGUCUUAUAAAAUCUGCUAAAUAAAUUGCCUUUUCUAGGGAUGGGAACUGAUACUUGUUAAACCUAAAUAAUACUGAAGAAAACACAGGAUUGUAAAGAUACAUUUUAUAAUUCAGUGAAGUAAAAGGUUCAUGUUGCUUUCAACUCCAACUUUCCCAUCACACUCGUUUGCCAUUUACGACCCACUCUAUAUCCAUCUAUUAGAAGAAGAUGCACCUGCUCCUCAGAAACGGCGUCCACGGCUGAGUCUCUCUUUAAACCAAAUUUUCCAGUUCUCCUAGGUUACUUUUGUCAUUGAGUUGAGUUUUGACCGUCCGGUCCUUGAAAGUCCCCCUGCUCUAUAAAAUGGAGCAACACAGUGGCCAUCUUGUUUACUUUUUAUAAAAAGAGAAUCACUUCUCCAACCUUGCUGCCUUAGUUGCUAGAAAACAAACAAAAGAAAAUCACCAGGGGACUCCUUUGAAGGAAAUAAUCAAAGGCCAAAUGAAAAUGAAAGAUAGGAAGGAACAAGCUAAAGAAUGAGAGAAAGAUAUUUUUCUAUGCUUAUCCAAAAGACAUGACUGAAAAAUGUUCCGCGUAGUGCCUGGUAACUUGUACAGUUUUUCUUAUAGGUUUGUCUGUCUCUGUCAAAAAGUUAUGUGCAUUCUGAGUAAUGCCAGGCAGAAGUUGGGCAAACAAACCGCUACAUUGAUUCCCACGCACCAAGUUAUCAGUCAGCGAUUAUGACAUUUUAUUUCAGCCUAGCUGUCUGAUUGGUCAGAUACCUGUUCGGACUUUCAUGUGUGCAUUUUCAGCCCAUGAGAAAGACCCACAUGUGCUUUUAAAAAAUGAAAUUGGUUGCUAUGCUAACUGUUGAUCAUUAGUUAACUAGUUCUCAUUUUUGCAUGUAUGUAGACUACUUUUUAGAAAUGUUGAGACAUGUGCCGUGGUUAUUUAAGUGUGAAAAACUUAAUACCAGGAUGUUCUCUGUGUAUUUGGUUUAUGCGGAGAAGGAAGCUGAAUUACAGCAUGCAGUCACGUCACCAAUGUGCCCAUAUCAUGAUAAAGGUAGAGGUCAUUCUAAGGUUUAUUCGAAAGAGGAGUGUAUUAUUAAUACAUUUUAAUCAGAAUUUAGGUGGUCAACUCGAGAUCAAAUUUCAUUAUUUUUUUAAAGGGACAGUGAGGCGAAAUUUCUUUCUUGCAGAAAUUUUAAAACACAGAGUUAACAAAGUAUAAAAUCAGAUAAAUUCUCUAGUCUGCUCAGAACUCUAUAAAAUGUAAAAGCCUACUUUUUCACCAGAGCAAACAGUGCGUUGUGGAGCCUCUAGUACUUAUACCUUAAAGCAAUCUUUUACAUGUAUAGUAAUUAAAUGGUAUUUGAGGCAGUAUAGAUUUUCCAGUAUUUCAAAUUACUGAUUGUGAUUUAUAUAAACCAAGCAUUUCGGUUUCGGUUAAAACACUCAAGGUAUAUAACAUUUAAAAAAAACAAAAGACUAUCCAACCAGCGCUGAAUAUGUUGCAUUAAAUCUCUAAGAAACCUGCAAACUGUAGGUGCAACGUCUUUACAUUGGAGUUGGAAGUCUGGCUCAUGGCAGAGUCAUUGCUGCUGCGAGAAGACAUCUCAUUGCUACUGUGUAACUAAAAAGAGACCAGUCUAUUAAGCCAGUUUACCAUCCUCGUAUCUGACAUGCAACCCACUCUAGUGUCAAGUGCAGGAAAUUUUUGUCCUCUAAAGCUUUUACUUAACACCUUUAUUAUGUAUGACUCUACUAUCCAGAUCACACCUGUACGUGAAGGCGUCUUAACUCCAUCAGUUUAGAAGUACUUUUAUCCUGACGUUUGCCCUUCCUUUGGUGAAUAGGUCCCAUCAUAUAAGGAACGAUGACGCAGAUUCAAAAAAAAACAAAGCAUUAAAAAAAACAGUUAUCAGUUUUUAUUCAAAAAAUUAAAAGCUGGUUUGAAUUGAAC